AGUCUGCGAACAGCCUUGAGAAAGUGCUUUCUUGCCCCGGCAGGAGCCUCGUCCUUAUAUUUUGGUCCUUCCCGCUCCAGCCUUCCCUUCCUCCGGGUUCCAGCGGCUCCCGCUUUGCUUUUCCUGACUGUGACCAUGGUUCCUUAUUCAGCCCGGCAGCUUUCCGCCUGAGCUCGCCUCGCAUGCUGCCAGAGGGCUGCGGAGAGCGGCGGAGGGGAGGAAGGACCUGAGGGCUCUGGGGCAGGAGAGAGGCGCAGGGAAGCCUUUCCCUCUCUUUUUGGCCUUCUUUUGGGGAGGGAGCGGGAGCGGGAGGGAGCGGGGCCGCGCUUCGGGAGCCACAGCAGAGGAGGGACCGGCACCCCGCUUCCCGAGCAGAGCGCGCCUGCCUGCCUGCUUUCUUUUGUUCGCCUGCUUUGGGGCUUGGGAGCCAUGGGCGGGCUCAGGUGGGCUCUGCUCCUGGGAGCCUUCUCCGCCUUCUGCCCGGCGCUGGGCGCCUCCGAGCCGCAAGGGAAGCCCCUCCGGACCGUCACCUACGUCCUGCCCGCGAAGAGCCACGGCUGGCGCCAGCAGCGCACCUUCAGCCUGGAGCUCCUCAACAGCCGCUACAGCAGCAGCAGCAGCAGCAGCCCCGUGGAGCGGACGCGCCGCAUGAGCCAAGCCAGCCCCGCUGUCCCGCUCCGCUUGGGCCCCACCGUGCAGCUCCAGCACCAGCCUUCCUCCUCCUCCUCCUCCUCGGGCAAAGCGGGCAAGUGGAUGGCGCGCACCAAGCCCCAGCAGCAGCAUCGCCAAGGCAACAGCUCCGCCAGCCUGCAGGUCCAGCCCAAGCCCCCGCUGCUGCAGGGGGUGAAUGUCUGUGGAGGGCAGUGCUGUCACGGCUGGAGCAAAGCUCCUGGCUCUCAGAGAUGUACCAAACCUAACUGUUCACCACCGUGCCAAAAUGGAGGGAUGUGUUUGCGACCACAACUUUGUGUAUGCAAACCAGGGACAAAAGGUAGUACUUGUGAAGAUUCAACUAAGCAGGAGACGGCUUCACCUGGAGGAGCGGGUCCUGUGACUCCACCGUGGCCUAUUCCUCAGCGAUCUGUUCAGCAGACCUUUUCGAAAAAGGUGCAAGUGCAACAAAAGGUCAAUCCCAUGGCUAAGAUGACAUUUACACUGAAGCAGAAACCUUUUGGAUUACCACAGCAAAUGCAAUCACAACUGCCUGUUUCAUCUCAGACUUUGAUGAUGAAUGUGCAUCAUGGGCAAACCCAAGAAUACAUCAUCAAACCUAAGUACUAUCCAGCAAAGAAAUCAGUUUCAGGAGAGCAAUCUACAGAAAGUUCAUUGCCUUUAAGAAUGAGCCAAGAUCAUCUUGCAUCACCUUUCCAUUUGGGAAAUCACACGGGACGCAUCAAGGUGGUCUUUACACCCAGCAUCUGUAAAGUGACUUGUAAAAAAGGCACCUGCCAGAACAGCUGCGAGAAAGGAAACACCACCACCCUGAUUAGUGAAAAUGGUCAUGCCGCUGACACCUUGACAGCCCCCAACUUCCGAGUAGUUAUUUGCCACCUUCCGUGCAUGAAUGGAGGCCAAUGUAGUUCAAGAGAUAAGUGCCAGUGCCCUCCUAACUACACUGGGAAGCUUUGCCAGAUCCCUGUGCAAAGCGGUGCUGCUUCAAAACUUUAUCAUCACCCACAGCAAGCAAGCAAGUCCGUGGGAUCGCAUGUCAUCCAUUCCACACAUACUUUACCACUGACGAUGCCUGGGCAGCAAGGCGUAAAAGUGAAAUUUCCUCCAAACAUCGUCAAUAUACAUGUGAAACAUCCCCCUGAAGCUUCAGUGCAGUUUCAUCAAGUUUCAAGGAUUGACAGCACAUCCACAGGACAGAAAGUAAAACCAAAGCCAUCCCAAUCAGGACAUACCCAGGUUUCUUAUCAAAGCUUGCCAUUUCAGAAGACCCAAAAAAUACAUUCAACCUAUUCUCAUCAGCAACCUAUUUCCCAUGUAUUUCCUAUUUCUGCUAAAACUCAGCUUGGGCGAUGCUUCCAGGAGACUAUUGGGACACAGUGUGGUAAAGCACUUCCUGGCCUCUCAAAGCAAGAAGAUUGCUGUGGGACUGUGGGUACUUCAUGGGGUUUUAACAAGUGCCAAAAGUGUCCAAAAAAACCAGCUUACCCUGGAUAUAGUCCAGUAGUGGAUUGUCCACAAGGUUACAAGAGAAUUAAUGCUACAUUUUGUCAAGAUAUUAAUGAAUGCCAACUGCAAGGGGUAUGCCCUAAUGGUGAGUGUUUGAAUACCAUGGGCAGCUAUAGGUGUACCUGCAAAAUGGGAUUUAUGCCAGACCCUACUCUUUCCAGAUGCAUCCUUGAUAAUCCCAUGGUCACUGAAGAGAAAGGGCCCUGCUACCGGUUUGUCAGUGCAGGAAGGCAGUGUAUGCACCCUCUCUCUGUUCAGCUCAGCAAGCAGCUCUGCUGUUGCAGUGUUGGCAAAGCCUGGGGCCCCCACUGUGAGAAAUGUCCCCUUCCAGGAACAGCUGCUUUUAAGGAAAUCUGCCCUGGUGGAAUGGGCUAUACGGUUUCUGGCUCUCACAGAAACAAGCUAUAUCAUCACCCUGCAGUUAGAGUUCAGCCACCUGUCAUUGGCAAGACCCAGAUUACUCAACAUGUUGCUAAAGGUACUUCUCCUCCACCUCUCCCAGCAAAGGAAGAGCCAGUGGAGGCACUGACCAUCUCACAGAAAAGUGAGCCCGAGGUGGCUGUGCGAGAAGUAGUAGUUGAGAAAACCUCUCCUCCUGUGCCUGUGGAAGUUGGCCCAGAUGUCUCGACUUCAAGUGCCAGUCAAGUAAUAGCACCAACUCAAGUUACAGAAAUCAAUGAAUGCACUGUGAACCCAGAUAUCUGUGGAGCAGGACAUUGUGUUAAUUUGCCUGUGGGAUACACCUGCUUCUGCUAUGAUGGAUAUAAGAUUAAUGAUCAACAAACCAAAUGUUCUGAUAUUAAUGAAUGUACUCAGACUCCACAUCUCUGCUCCCUCGGGCGUUGUGAAAAUACAGAAGGAAGCUUCCUGUGCAUUUGCCAGGCAGGGUUCAUGGCCAAUGAACAAGGAACAGACUGUGUUGAUGUUGAUGAAUGUGCCAGACCUCACACUUGUGGAGAAGGCUUCUGUGUAAAUACCAUUGGUUCAUACAGAUGUGAAUAUUGUGAUAGUGGAUUCCGAAUGAACAGGAGAGGGCAGUGCGAAGAUAUUGAUGAAUGCACAAUUCCACAUACUUGUCCUGAUGCAGAGUGCGUUAAUACUCUGGGUUCUUACCAGUGUGUCCCUUGCAGAGAUGGAUUCAGAGGCUGGAAUGGGCAGUGUCAUGAUAUAAACGAAUGUCAGUAUAGCAGUCUUUGCACAAAUGGACAGUGUGAAAAUCUUGAAGGAUCCUUCAGAUGCUUUUGUAGCCAAGGAUAUCAACUUUCCUCAGCAGGAGAUCAGUGUGAAGAUGUAGAUGAAUGCCAACAGCAGGAGCUCUGCAUAAAUGGUCAAUGCAGAAACAUAGCCGGGUCUUACAGGUGCAUUUGUCCCCAAGGUUACCAGCUGUCACCUUCAAGAGACCACUGUGAAGAUAUUAAUGAAUGCCAAGAGGACAGUGGUGUUUGCCGUGGAGGGAACUGCAUUAAUACGAAAGGUUCUUAUGAGUGCACGUGUCCAGGUGGUUUCCAGCUGGUACCUAACAGAGGUUGUCAAGAUAUCAACGAAUGUGCAGGAUCCAAUCUCUGUUUACCUCAUGGGGAAUGUUUAAAUACAGAGGGUUCUUACCAUUGCAUUUGUGAGCAGGGCUUUACAGUUACUAGAGAUCGCCAAUCAUGUGAAGAUGUGGAUGAAUGCUUCAAUAGCACAGUGUGUGGCAAUCAUGGUUUCUGUGAAAAUUCACCUGGUUCCUACCGCUGCCUUUGUUAUCAGGGUUAUCAAUAUCUGCAGGAUGAUCGAGGUUGUGUGGAUGUGAAUGAAUGUGAAAUGCUGAGUGGAGUAUGCGGGGAAGCCCUCUGUGAAAAUGUGGAGGGCUCCUUCCUCUGUCUAUGUUCUGAUGAAAACCAGGAGUAUGACCCAAUGACUGGACAGUGUCGCUUCCGCUCCUCGUCAGAUUUGCAAGUAGAUGCCAAAGAACCAGCAGAUGAGAAGAAGGAGUGCUACUACAAUCUAAACGAUGCAAAUUUUUGUGAUAAUGUGCUAACAUCCAAUGUUACCAAACAAGAAUGCUGCUGUACUUUGGGUGCUGGUUGGGGUGAUAACUGUGAAAUAUUUCCGUGCCCUGUGCUGGGAAGUGCUGAAUUUACUGAACUGUGUCCAGAAGGGAAAGGUUUCAUACCCUCUGAAGAUCCAUCAUACGGAGAUGUUGCACAGAGUUAUAAAGAUGCUGAUGAAUGCCAGCUCUUUGGACAAGAAAUAUGCAAGAAUGGUUUCUGCUUAAAUACACAGCCAGGCUUUGAAUGUUACUGCAAACAAGGCACAUACUAUGAUCCUAUAAAACUCCAAUGCUUUGAUACAGAUGAAUGUUUGGAUCCCAAUAGUUGUAUUGAUGGGCAAUGCAUCAACACUGAAGGAUCUUACAGUUGUUUCUGUACACACCCAAUGGUUCUGGAUUCUUCAGAAAAGCGAUGCAUCAGACCAGCAGAAUCUAGUGAACAAACUGAAGAAACAGAUGUCUACCAGGAUCUUUGCUGGCAACACCUGAGUGAAGACUUUGUUUGCAGCCGGCCUCUUGUUGGAAAACAAACUACUUACACUGAGUGCUGCUGUUUAUAUGGUGAAGCGUGGGGUAUGCAGUGUGCGCUCUGCCCCAUGAAAAAUUCAGAGGACUAUGCCCAGUUGUGCAACAUUCCAGUUCCUGGAUCCCGGAGGCCAUAUGGGCAAGAUGCACUGGUUGACUUUGAGGAGGAACAGUAUACUCCAGAAACAGACCCAUACUUUGUGGAAGACCGACUCCUAAAUAGCUUUGAGGAGUUGCAAGCAGAAGAAUGUGGCAUUCUGAAUGGAUGUGAAAAUGGACGCUGUGUCAGGGUGCAGGAAGGGUAUACCUGUGACUGUUUUGACGGUUACCAUUUGGACAUGGCCAAGAUGACAUGUGUCGAUGUGAACGAAUGUAAUGAGUUGAACAACAGGAUGUCUCUCUGCAAGAAUGCCAAGUGUAUUAAUACUGAGGGAUCAUACAAGUGUGUCUGCCUUCCUGGCUACAACCCUUCAGACAAGCCUAACUACUGCACACCCCUAAAUACAGAAACAGAAAGUGAACUUGAGUAAGAGAAGCAGUAGCUGCCAUGUAACCUUAUACUCUGCACUGUAUAAAGAAAAGAAGAUUGAGAAGCAUAUUUAACUUGAGUUGAGGAUUCUCCUAAUCCAGAGGUUGGAUGUAUGUGGAAAACAAGCAAUAAAAUAUAUCUUCUUAAAAAGUGAAUGGUGGUGGUUUAGUCGACAUCAUCUUCACUAAAAGACCAAAUGGACACAUGUCCCUGUAUGGAAGAAGUCAUUAAGUAUAUACUGUGUUCAUAAAUAAAAUUAAUGGGAAUAAGCAAAAAGUGUUAUUUUGAACAGAAGGGUGCGGGUUUGUUUGGGUAUUUUUUGUUACUAUUGCUUGAUUUUAUUUGGCAUUUAAUUAGUUGUGAAAUAUUUUGUAGUACUUUUAAUUUAGCAAUUCUUUGCCUACUGUCUCUUUGGAAGCUUAUCCCCGUUGAUCCAGAUAUUGCAAUAUAAGCAAUUUUCUAAAUAUGGUUAUACACAAAAUAAUGCUUGUCUUUGUCUGGAACAUUGGCCAGUGAUUUUUAAAAAAUGCUAAAUGUCUGCCCUGUGGAGCAGGCACUGUUCUUGAAAAUAAUGUACAGUUCAUGGAAAAGAAUCUUUUGUAUUCAUUUUGUAUUCUGCGUGGCCUUUUACUGCACUUAAAAUGCCUUAGAAUCUGCCUUGCCAAGUUAAAGCUGCUAGAGGAUGACCAUUGGAUAUCUUUUGUUCUCAAUAACAAAGGAACGGAGCUCCUGUUUGUAUUGUAAUGUGUAAAUUGAACACAGAUCUUGUAAUGGUUACCCUAACAUAUUAAAGCUGUAUAUUAAAACACAAUAAAAUCUACAGGUUUUUUUAAAGAA